AUGGAAUUGAAAAAAACAGCUAAGCGCAUCAUGAAAACUAAUCAAGAAAUAGUGAAAGACGACGUAUCAAUCUUUAGCGACGCGUCUCUAAGGAGAUCUGAAUCUAUUUAUAAUGAAAUUAACGCGCCACAUUAUCGAGACUUUCUCAAUGAUAUAACUUUUGGAGAAGGAGACUCUUGGUUUGAUAAGCAAAAUACUACGACCAUAUUAUCAUUUUUUGAAAAGAAAGUCGACAAUGUUACUACAGUAAUACAAAAACAGCAACCCGUGAAGAAGUUCGUUCCAGAAUUAACGGUGCCAAGGCCGUUCAAAAUUCAGAAACGGCAACCCGUAAAGUUCGUUCCAGAAUUAACGGUGCCAAGGCCGUUCAAAUUUCACUCAAUUACACGUAUUAGCAAGAAGGAGAAUCAACUUUCGGCGUCACCAUACAUUCCACUGGCGAUGCGAAUUAAACAAUUCUUAGAUAAGACGCCUGAUAGGUUUAAAUCAAAGCUCGUAUCUAUUAAGCCUACUGCAGCUCAAGUGAAUCCUCCGACUAAACCCAGAUCUCCAUUAUUGCGUACAAAAUUGAGAGCCAAACCACGCAAAGUGCUUAACACACAGGAAAUAAAAAAACAGGAACCCCAUAAAAUUCAUGCCACAGAGGAAAGAAAAAAACAGGAACCCCAUAAAAUUCAUGCUAGAAAAAAACAGGAACCCCAUAAAAUUCAUGACACAGAGGAAAGAAAAAAACAGGAACCCCAUAAAAUUCAUGCUAGAAAAAAACAGGAACCCCAUAAAGUUCAUGACACAGAGGAAAGAAAAAAACAGGAACCCCAUAAAAUUCAUGACACAGAGGAAAGAAAAAAACGGGAACCCCAUAAAAUUCGUGCAAAACCGGCAAAUUUAAGGCCUUUACCUCUAGCUCAAUUUUCAUCAACGCAAACUAAAAAGCUGAAUAAACCACCCACAGUACCUGUCAGUUUUGUUUUCCAAACAGAUUCACGUAUUAAAGAACGUAAAGCUAGG